CAAAUGCUCUGUCUUCACCACUCCAGGGGAGAUCCAGAUUUUGGGCCAAGGGAAGUGAAUUUGAACUCUUACCCUUACUGCAGUGUGAGGAGGUGAAGCCUGCUGUUCGGCAACACGGGGAGAAACUGAGGUGCAGCAAGGAAGAGCUCAACCAGAUGAAUCGAACCAUCCAGAGACUCUCUGCAGAGUACCGCAAUGCCAGAAACCAGAUGGGCAGGCCGGAGUUGACCGAAGCCCAGGUGGAACAUCAGGGCAAGGUCUCCCUGAGGAAUGCCCACACCAAGCUGGCUGGACUGGCAGAAGCCCUGCAGAAGGCCAAGCGGGACAUGGCCUGCCUGCUUAAAGAGUACCAGGAAAUCAUAAACUCCAAGCUGGGACUGGACAUCGCGAUGGCCACCUACCAGCUGCUGGAGGAUGAGGAGAGCCUGCAGAGUGAAGGCAGUGGUGCUGAGAACAUUUCCAUGAGCCGUUCCAGAGGCAGGGAGGUCCGCAGAAGUCUUCCAUCUUCCAGCUUUGGAGUCCAGUACAGGAGCGGCAGCGGCUGCAGCUCUGGAACCCCGUGUGGACCUGGAUCUUGCCGCCGCCUUGGCCGGCGCUGUUAGAUGCCCCCCUCACCUCCGCCAUCCCCCCCACCCCCAGGGCUGCCACCCCACCCUUCCCCACGUCUCACCCACAGGGCAGCCCUAUCAGACUCCCGCACCCUCCUCUCCCUGCCUCUAGCAGCCUUACCAGUAAACCACUU